UUCCGGGUUCGGAUGAAAAACUAUUCGGUGUAAAUUCUCAAAAAUUUCCCGGGAAAAAGUGUCAACAUCAAAAUCGUGGACAAUCUUUAUAAACAACCUACGAUAUUUUUAGACAAAAAUGAGCAAGGAUAAAAAUCCUUCCCCCAACCUUCCAUGGGUAGAGAAAUAUCGGCCCAAGCAAUUGGAUGAUUUAAUUUCUCAUAAAGACAUAAUCAAUACAAUUGGUAAGUUUGUAGAUGAUGACAGACUUCCACAUCUUCUGUUUUAUGGCCCACCAGGGACAGGCAAAACCAGUACAAUCCUGGCUGUGGCCAAGAAAAUAUACUCUCCUAAAGAAUUUAAUUCCAUGGUUUUAGAGCUUAACGCUUCUGACGACCGAGGUAUUGGAAUUGUUCGAGGCCAGAUCUUGAGCUUUGCCAGCACAAGGACUAUAUUCAAAAAAGGAUUUAAGUUAGUUAUUCUUGAUGAGGCAGAUGCUAUGACAAAAGAUGCGCAAAAUGCACUGAGGAGAGUGAUAGAGAAGUUCACAGAAAACACUAGGUUUUGCAUCAUUUGCAAUUAUCUAUCCAAAAUUAUACCUGCAUUGCAAUCAAGAUGUACACGCUUCAGAUUUGGUCCACUGAAACAAGAUCAAAUCAUUCCUCGUCUGGAGUAUGUUAUUGCCCAGGAAAGUGUGAAGUGCAAUGAGAGUGGAGUCAAAGCUCUGGUUACACUGGCCAAUGGGGACAUGCGUAAAGUCUUAAACAUUCUCCAGAGCACAUCUAUGGCAUUUGAUGAGGUGACAGAAGACAAUGUUUACACCUGUGUUGGGCACCCCUUGAGAAAGGACAUAGAGAACAUUGUUAACUGGGUUCUCAAUGAGAAUUUCACAACGGCUUAUAAGAAUAUAAUGAAUUUGAAAACCCAGAAAGGGUUGGCAUUAAGUGAUAUAUUGACUGAAGUUCACAGUUACGUACACAGAAUUGACCUACCACUUCACAUUCGCAUGCAACUAUUGGAGAAGAUGGCAGAUGUUGAAUACCGCCUGGCUGUUGGUACAAGUGAAAAAAUUCAGCUGAGUUCAUUGAUUGCCACAUUUCAAAUAGCCAGAGAUCUUUUGGCUAAAGAAGCCAAAUAAAUAUCUUUGAUUAUUGAUUUAUUGUAAUGUAAAUAAUAAAAUAUGCAUGAAUAU